AUGAAAAAUCUAGGGGAGUACAUCAUCGAGGAGUUAGGUAUCGCAAUUCCUGAUGAGAACUCUACUAUCUGUAAUAGUUACAAUUGGCUGCAAGAGGUAUUCAGUACAUGUUUUGUUAUAAGGAAUAGUCGUGAACUGGAAAUACCACAUAUACUUCUCAGCGAGGAGCAUACAUCAGUAAUUGACGAAUGUAUCAUCUUUUUACUAGAGCGAAAGCUACUCAAUAAUGUGAUGACUUAUGGAUAUGCAAUGGCAAGGCACAGCCAUGUAAAUAAAGCCCUUCACUGUGCCUCUGGAAAUACUCAAGUUACAAAGAUAAAAGAUUCGUCAUGGCGCUUGGUGCAUCAGCUGAUUGGAACCAGAAACUUUGUUGAUAUUCUCAUUAAUUGUACAGUACUUGAAUAUAAUGGAUCUUAUUUCACACAAAUAGUUGGAAAUCGCCUGAACGAGCCACAUCGUCCACCGCUUUGGUGCCAGCGGUCGCCUGCACUUAAGUCAGAGGACAAUUGUUUAUACGCUCAAAUAAGCAUUAGACAUGUCCUCUAUCGGAACUCACUCGAAAUGAGAUUUUUCAAUAUUUUACCAACUGGAACAAGUGUUGAUGUAUUAGCUAAAUCGAUUUUUAAUAGCGAUGACGUUAAACUUCCCAAAUCUAUAAGGUGUAAAAUGUAUCCACUGUUGAAAAAAAUGCUUCAUAAUCAUACAAAAAAGAUAAAAUAUAAACAAAUUCUUGAGAAUAUUUGCCCUCAAAAUUAUGUUUCUAAGGUAAAGCACCAACUAGAUUUACGGACACCAACUUCUAAGGUCAUUCGAUUUCUAAUUGUGGUACUAGAGAAACUGAUACCGGAGGAAAUGUUCGGCUCCAAAAGUAACAAGUCGGAGAUUUUUUCCAAGUUGAGCAAGAUGCUUGAGUUGAAUACCACUGUAACCUUGGAGUUUCAAGAGCUGUUUCACAAAUUACGGCUAAAAGAUUUUGCUUGGUUGCGAUGCGAUACUAUGCAUUUCUCCAAGUGCGAUUUUGAAAUCUCAUCAAAGUUAUUGUCUUUUUUCGUUGCCUGGCUCUUUAGGUUCUUAAUUCCAAGAGUUAUCACUACUUUUUUCUAUUGCACUGAUGUAUCUGCCAACACCGGUGAAGUUCUUUAUUUCAGACAUGACACAUGGAAUUCAGUAUCUCUGCCCUUUUUGUCAAAAUAUUUUAAGGACCAUCUGAUUCAAAAUGCUGUAUGCAGGAAUCAUGAUAGUUAUCUGGUGUCUGCUUACAAUCACGCUCGAUUUCGUAUUGUUCCAAAAAAAGCAAGAGGUGAGUUUCGUGUAAUCACUGUCCCCCAUAAGGGUGCCGACGAGGAAGAGUACACAGCGUUCAAAGAUAAUUUUCGGCGUGCGAUAGUUCCCGCUCAAUGUGUCUUAGAAUACCUAAGGAAUAAAAGAAAGACUUUUUUUAAAAAACUAUAUUCAUCAAACCAUAUAGCCAGUCAUAUAAAGGAGUUCCGCAUUUCUCUCUUGCGGAAGUAUGAGCGUAUCCCUACACUGUAUUAUAUGAAGUUCGAUGUGGAUUCAUGCUAUGACUCUGUUCCAAGAAAAAAGGUCUUUCAUGUCCUCCAAGAACUACUGAAAAACGAGACAGGAUUUGUCAUCAGAUCACAGACGGUUUUCAAUCCCUCUAAUAGCUCUUCCAGAACCCUCAAUGUAGUUAAUGGAAGCAAGAAGCCUGCACUUGGCGAAAUUUAUGUCGAUAAUGUUACAACAAAGUAUUUUACCAGUAAUGAAAUUUUAGAAAUUAUAAAACUGGAACUCUUCAAGACAUCACUGUUGUAUGCUGGUAAAUGCUACCUUCGAAAAGAUGGUCUCUUUCAGGGAGCGAGCUUUUCAGCGUUGUUAGUGGAUCUUUUGUAUGACGAUCUUUUGCUGGAAAAUAAGGUGUUCCAUGAAAGAGCACAGGAAGAGUCUUUGAUACUUCGACUUGCGGAUGAUUUUCUCUUUAUAACGACCAAUAGGCCCCAAAUUCUAGAGGUAAAAGAAUUGGUUCAAAAUGGAUUCAUUGACUAUAAUGUUAAAGUAAAAGUGGAAAAGCUGGUAUAUGUUGAUCAACAGACUCCCUUUGAAAGUGUAAACUUUUGCGGGCUCAAUAUUUCAACUACUGACUUAAAUGUAUGGAAAUCUGAGGACACCCUCAACUCUUCAAGGUUUUUGUCUCAUACAAUCAAAAAAAAUUAUAACCAGCUUUUGCGAUUCUUUGAAAUGGGACUUUCAUAUGGUACUACCGAUUUAGAGCUCAAUUCCGUCUCAAUUGUACUCAAUCAAUUGCGAGCGAUUACUAAAACCACUGCAAGAGGGUAUGCGAUGUCUUUGAAAUCAAAGGAUAUCAGUUUGGAGUUGUUUGCUCACUUCUUUGAUGCGCUUUAUUGUUGCGCAAUAAAAUCAUGUAUACCCCCUGAACCAAACCAGUCGAUGCGAAGGAAAAUUUACAGUGCGAUGGUGGUUUCUUUCAUUCAGGGCUUACUACCAUAUCAAUCAAAAUAUAAACCAGUAAUCGCAUAUUUGAGAGGCAUUGUAUAUGAGUGA